CGUUCAUAGACACACUCUCAAGCCACAAAAUUUGAAAUAGGAAUUGCAGUUUUCCCAUUCCAAUAUGUGUAGAGAUAGAGAUAGAUAGUUCAUUCACUCUCAAACCACCUUAACAAUCCUUUAUCCAGACAUCAACAAAUUGAAAUUGUUACGUGCUACAAUAUUGAAUGGAAAUACAACACAACCACUAACGGUAAAGACAAUUAUAUUUUUUGGGGAAUUUUCAUUAUUUUAUUGUAAAAUUAUUGAAGGGAAUCACAUCCACAAUAUCAUCCAUUUAGAAAAUUACACUCAGCAACAUGCAAUCAUUUAGCAUAUGAGAGAACCUUCAAGUCACCAUUGUGCCUCUCUAAAAUGGUUGCUUCGUAAAAUUGAGUGGUAAUUUCAAAGGCCCUAAAAAUAAAGCGAUAGAUAACACCAUCUUCAACGUUUUGAAAUAAGCCUUUAUCGACAUGCACUAGCUUUAAGUUAGCUCCACCAAGUGCUUUAUCGAUGUAUUUUAUUGCGAAUUUCACAAUCUCAAUUGUGUGAUUGUCUUUUAGAUUCGCUACAGAAUGCCAUUCGUUGUUCAUCCUAGUUGCUGUUGCUACUCCUGUGACAAAGAAGACGAAAAUGAAACGAUUGGCUUCAUAUUUACUUUUGAUAUAUAUGCUCAAAAUAUUAAUCUGAAUGAAUUGAGAGUUUCAAUGUAAAUCGAUAUUUAUAGUUGAAGAAUAUAAAAAAAAAUGGAAAACAUUGAUUCGAUACUCUUACCAUUUGUGUGAUUCAAAUAAAGUAUGAUACGUAUAAUGUAUUGCUUAUACUAUUAUGAAGAUUUAUGCACUUGCUGAAAGAAAGAACCAUGAAAACGGAGAUUUAAUAAUUUGACAUUUUAUUGGCCGCCCUCCUUUUCUUAUUUAAUCUAGUGGUUAUCUUGAUCGAAGCACUUAUUUUGGGAUGUGUUAUUCACUUAUUUGAGCCCGGGGGUUAUGCACCCUUCCAUUACUAGAUUUGGACUCUUAGAUUUGAUGGGGUAAGAAAAUCCAGAUUUAAUAAGUGAUAAUUAAUAAUUUUUAUUUUCUCUAAUUUUAUUAAUAGACUCUUAUCUUUUUGUUAACAUAGAAUUCAAUUUUGUUACAUAGAUUAAACGAGUUUGUUGUGAUCAACAAAAUGAUAUCCAUUUUCAGUAUAUUUUGAUAAAAAAUAUUUCAUACCACUCAUUAGUUGGUACCAUCUUCGUUUCUAACUCAAAUUUUCAAAUUCUUUGCAUAGAUGGAACAAAUUUUUUUUUUGUGAUUUAUUGGAUCUACAAAUUUAUUUGGGGGGUUGGGUGGGGGAGGGGAGAGAACUCGACUAUAACGUGCCACUCAAUACCACCCUAAUAUAGGGGUGGUAACUAGUGGUACACAAUGAUGAAUGUGGUAAAUGACAGUUUGUGUAUUUCUACUAUUAUGUAUUCAAUCAUUAUACACUCUGGUAUGUUCAUACCACCUAGUACACUUCAGUACCACAUGGUAUGACUUUAUAUGCAGUACCAAGCAUUAUUACCAUGGUAUAGACAGGUACCGUGUCUGAAUUUUUUUAUUCCAAAAAUAUAUCAAAGAGGAUAUCAUUCUGAAAAGCAUAAUUUUUCUGAUUUAUUUAUAAAAAAAAUUCAAGUUAGGACUUAAAAUAAAAGAGAUAUAGCCCGUUAAAAUUUAUAUAGGAAAGGGUUACGGGCCUUCCAUUCAUGGUGAUCUAGUAGUGAUGUGACAGUUAUGCAUGGUUAUUGACCAUAAUGUUAUUGACGUGAACCGCUCUCUAUUAUUUAUAACCCUUAAAUUUAGACUAACACUAGGCGUAUAGCGUAUGUCGAAUGUAAGCGAAUCUUUGCUAUAUAUGUAUAUGCACACACACACACACACUAUUACAAGGCCCAGCCUGUUGGCUAACAUAAUUUGAUGGUUAUAUAAUUUGUACGUGUCAUUUACACUAAUGAUGUGUCUUUUGUUUGGUACUUGACAAUGAACUUUCUAGUCCAAUACUCAAAUUACUUUGAAUAUGCUUAAUAAUAAGUUCUUAAUAUAAAUUUUAACAAUAAGCCAUUUCUUCCUCUAUGCUAAUGCAUUCGGGAAGAGCCUAGCUAUUGAAUUAGAUUACUCUAUUAAAGUUGAGAAUGCAUCCAAGUACAUGAUAUGUAUCUUUUAAUCUCAAAUGUAUCUUAUUGUUGGUGAUUUACUUUUAAAAUAUAAUUUUUAUAAUUAAUUUCAUGAAAAGAAUACUCAUUUAGUGAUUUAAAAGCGUAAAAACGUAAAGCGUUUUGGUGAACUAGAAGCGUAAAAGCGUAAGCUUUAAAGCUUUAUUGCGCAAUUUAGUCCGAUUUUAUACACUUAAGUUUUUAUAUGGAAACGAAAGCGUUUUGGUGACCUAAAAGCGUAAAAUCGUAAGUUUUAAAACGCGAUUUUGACUGCAUUGAUGUCAAGAUACCAUAUAAUAUUGGGGUGGCAUGAGCGAGCUGAGGCACAUAAAGAUGUCUAAUACAAUUUAUGUGGUACAAGUGAUCAAGUAGUGCGCGCAUAUAUAAACACUCUCCAGUCCUCCAAAGGAAGGGACUCGACCUCUACGUACAUUACAUGUCAAAUUUUUAGUUCUUUCUCUAAAAUAUUUUUACUGCAUAUACACUUCAGAAUGAAACCACCCUGAUCAUCAAAGUGUAGAUUACGAGUCACCCCGUAUUUCCAUCCAAAAAGACCAAUCGAACAUAACGCUAGUCAUGAUGAACACAUCCAAUCAUUGUUCUAGCACAAGAGCCACUUGUUACCAACAUAUGAUCAAUUAAAAUAUACUACAGCAAUUGGAUUGAAUGAUGGGUUUUCUCUCAAGGUUUAGGUUAGGUUCGCGAGAUAGAUCUAUGUCGAUGUUACAUUAGUCUUAUUGAGUUCCUUGUUUGGGGUUGGGUACCGUUGAGAGAGGUCAUGCAUAUGUCAAUUGUCAAGAUCAAAUUCCAACCUCGCCCUAAAGUUGUGCGUCUUCCUCGGGUUAAUUGAAGUUACUGUUAGUGUAGUGGUAUAUGAUCCACGAUUGAACUUCUUCCAACAACUUGAGUUAUUGGGAUCAACUGGUUCAUGACAUGGUAUCAGAGCCUUCUGUGACCGAAAGGUCUUGUGUUCGAUUCCCGAUGACCCCCAUUUGUUAAGCACAUGGUAUUCUUGUCUUCAGACCUGUGCAAACUUCAAGCCCUUGUGAGUGGCUUUCGUUUGAGGGGGCGUGUUAGUGUUGUGGUAUAUGAUCCACGAUUGAACUUCUCCCAACAACUCGAGUUAUUGGGAUCAACUGGUUCAUGACAGUUACCACUAGGUUAAAUUUUAUGCUUUGCGGCCUACAACAUUGAUUUCUUAUUCCAAAAUUUUCUCGAAUAUGGGCCGACAUACUGAUAAAAAAUAAAAUAAAAAGACCGACAUAACUUCCAUAGGUAGGUUUAAAGACCGUUAUUUUUGGACGACCCACUUUUCAUAUAUAUGAAAAUCCGAUAAACAGACAAUAAUAUACAGCACUUCUGGUUGGAAAGACGUUAUCAGUCGUUGUCUGGCCUCGAUCGUAUAAACAAGUGAUUCAAAGUUUGACAAAGUUAAACUGCCAAACAAGGAUUCGAUUGAAUGGAUCGCUCGGUCGAACUGUUAAAGCUAAUCAUUUUUACCAUCUUUGAUUCAGUUUGACCAAGUUUGGUUGAAAUUAAAAACGAUCACAUAGAAUUCAGUACGUAGCAUGGUCGAACCAGGUUCAAUUGUAGUGUUUUAACAACCAUGGGAUUAUCCUUGCUAUAUAUAGGUUACGUAUUAAGUGUUCAAGUUCCUAUGUACACCCAUGCAUGCAUGCAUGAAUCACUGAAUCAGUGACAACCUGGUUGCACGUGCAUGGCCGCGGCAGCAGUAAUUAAGUCCAUAAUUCUGUCCUAACUUAUUUACUUAUUAGCCGUACGUUUAAAUGAAUCAUAAUUCAAUCAGUGGUAAGUGGUAACUUGCUAGCUAAGUAGAUAUUAGGCCCACAUUUGGCAGUAUUAUAUAUUUUCUAUAUUUUACCCGACUGUGGGCCUAGAAAGAACUGUCUGAUCUGUUCCCUACCUAAGACACAGUCGACAGUUUCUUGUGUUGUCUUUUACUUUAUUCCUAUGUGCUUAACCAAAUUCUGAGAAAUAGAUUGAAUCCGUUGCAACGGGGGACGGACGACGGUAUCUAACAGAGUGAGAGACACUUUUUUAUAGGCGGUAUACAUUGAGGAAAAAAUGGCAAAAUUAUUUAAUGAUAUGGUUUGAAGUUAUCUUAGUUCAUGAGGAUUUGAUAAAUUUAUGAAAAUAGACAAUAUGAGCUGAUCAAAUGUUUUUCUUGUAAUGGAUUACUUUAGAUAUUGAACGUGUGAGCACAUGGGUAGUACGUGUCAACGCUAAUGCUUAUGGCCCGAUAUUAAUUAUUCAAUCAUUCAUCUCUAAUUCUCUAUUUAAUCAUUGUCAGAAUAUUUUCUCAUCGCUUCGUACAUUCAUCCUCUGUUGUUUUUCUUAUUAGAAAGGACAAAACAAUUGGGCCCGUAAUUUGUUAAUCACUGCUACAUCUAAUCUUCUUAAUUAGGCCUGAAAUCACCAUCGACAUUAAUUAUUCAAUCAUCUCUAUAUAUAAGCCGGGCGCUGCCACGUACUCAAAAGAUUUCUCGAUCACCCCUUCAUUCACCCGUUCUCUCUGUUUUCUUUCUUCGUGGUAAUUAAAGUCUGUUUUCUUUCUUGACGUGCUUUCUCUAGUCUCAACACCAUGAUUAUUCAGGCUGCUGCUGCUGCUGCUCCACUGUAUCUUCUUCUUCUGUUUGUGGCGGCCUGCAAUGCGCAGCUGCGAGUCGGUUUCUACUCCGAAACUUGCCCGUCUGCCGAAGAAACUGUCCGUGCCGCCGUCAAAGAAGCAAUGCACGAAGACAUGUCUUCAGCCGCUAGACUGCUCAGGCUGUCGUUUCACGAUUGUUUUGUCCAGGGUUGCGACGCGUCGAUUUUGCUGGAAGCCGAGGGUGGAGAGAUAGAGGCGCCGGGGAAUGCAGGGGUCGGCGGAUUCGAAGUGAUAGGCGCGGCCAAAAAGAGGGUCGAGUCACUCUGCCCCGGCGUCGUGUCAUGCGCUGACAUAGUGAUGUUGGCUGCCCGAGACGCUGUUGCCUUGAGCGAUGGACCGGAUUACGAGCUGCCGACGGGGAGAAGGGACGGCCGAGUUUCCAGCUUAGCCCUUGCCUCCCAUCUGCCGGAUGUCAACGAUCCGAUUAAAGUCCUCAAGGCUAAGUUUCACGCCAAGGGACUAAGUGACAACGACCUUGUCCUUCUCACCGCAGGAGCGCACACGCUAGGCACGGCGGCGUGCUUCUUCACGUCGAAGCGCCUGUACAACUUCAGCGGCAGAAGCGACCCUGACCCGACAAUCAACCCUCGUUUCCUGCCGAAGCUGAAAUCCUUCUGCCCACUCAACAGCGACUUCAUCGGACGAAUUCCCCUGGAUUGGGCGUCAGAGUUCGAAUUCGACGACCACAUCUUGAGCAACAUCAUGAAGGGAUUCGCCGUCUUGGCCUCCGACGCUUAGCUCACAGAAGAUCGGAAGACGAAGCAGGUUCUGGAGUCUUACGUUGGGGGCCAUGCGACGUCGUCGUUUGGGGCUGAUUUCGCCGAAGCAAUGGUGAAGAUGGGGCGAAUCGGGGUCAAAACGGGUUCCCAGGGGGAGAUCAGGAAGAUCUGCGGGAAAGUGAAUUGAGAUCAAUACUUGAUAUGAUGAAGGGAAUUAGAAUCGGAUUUCUGAAAAACUACCACGAUUGACUGAUUGUAAUGAUCAUAUGCUUCGAUCUUGAAUAAUAAUAUAUAUUAAUGGAUUUUGUCCUACAAAAAUAGUAUAAUAGCACAUUAGCUUUUCGUAUCUGAAAUUAAUUGACCACCUCUACUAAUCUGAGUAAAGUAAACAAGCAUCGUGACCCUCAGUAAUGGGUGAAUUCUCCAAAUAUACCACACAAAUAUCUAUUAUCUAAUUAGAUAGAUAUUUAUAUAAUAGGUAUAAUUUUUCAUGGAGCGGAUAUGGUGACAACACCCCUUGUGUUGUUAUUGUAACAACACUAGUCUCCAACCAAUAGGAAGCUAGGGUUGUGAUGACUUUUUAUUAGUUUAGUUGACCUAGUGUAAAAUCAAAACAGGGGUAUAAUUGUCAUUAUUAAAAAUAUAUUUAAAAAAUAAAAAAUAAUUUUUUUAUUUUCUGUCCAAAAAUCUGGUCGCCGGUCACUGGAAUAUGCUAUUUUGUCGCCGGAAUAUGCUUACCGGGACCGGAAUAUGCCUAUCGGCGUCGGAAUCUGCUCACUGACGGUCACCGGAGUUCGGUCAACGGUCAACGAUCACCGGAUGUUAUGGUUAGCAUUGUGAGGUUUAUGGUUUGGUUUCUCAUAUUUUUUUAUGCCUUUUGUGGUUUGCUUUAUCGUAUUUCUGGUUUGCAUUGAGAAGUUUCUGGUUUGCUUUCAAGAAUUUUGUGGUUUGCAUUGAGGGGUUUCUGGUUUGUUUUAAUAUAUUUGUGGUCUGCAUUAGGACGUUUAUGGUUUGUUUUUUUGUGGUUUGUUUUUUUGUGGUUUGUUUUUUUGUGGUUUGAUUUACUGUGUUUGUGGUUUGCAUUAGGAGGUUUCUGGUGUGCUUCGCAAAUGUUGUGGUUUGCUUUGUAAGGUUUGUGGUUUGUUUUAAGAGAUUUGUGGUAUGCAUUCGGAGGUUUCUGGUUUGCAUUAAGAUGUUUCUGGUGUGCUUUUGAAACUUUUGUGGUUUGCUUUGCGAGGUUUCUUGUUUGUUUUAAUAUAUUUGUGGUCUGCAUUAGGACGUUUUUUGUUUACAUUAGGAGGUUUCGGUUGUGCUUUCGCAAAUGUUGUGGUUUGCUUUGUGAGAUUUGUGGUUUGUUUUAGGAGAUUUUUGGUAUGCAUUAGGAGGUUUCUGGUUUGCUUUAUUGUGUUUCUGGUUUGCUUUAGAAAUGUUUGUGGUUUGCUUUGAGUUGUUUUUUUGUAUGUUUUAGGAGAUUUAUUGUAUGCAUUAGAAGGUUUAUGGUAUGUUUCUUUUUUGUUUAUCUUAAUGUGUUUGUGGUUUGUAUUAAAAAGUUUAUGGUAUACUUAUGCAAUAUUUGUGGUUUGUUACAUUUGAAAUCCAAAAACUAAACUGGGGGAACACAGGCAUAUUGCCCUAUAUACUAAGCCUGUGCAGUUAUUAGGCAAAUGAUAAACCUUGCCAACCAAAUUAAACCAAAAGUUUCAA